AUGGCGCACAGCUUCGUCAGACGCCCUUAUACUUUGGCGCUCAUCCUUUUCUUCAACAUCCUCUUCAUCUUUGGCUCCGCAGCUCAUCAGGCUGACUCGGAAGCCCCUGUCUACUUCAAGCACCAGCGUCGUGCACUAGCUGAAUCACCAAUUCCGACAUCAGUAGCACAGAAUGUCUCUUCUUCCGACAUGCAAAAGGCCCAAGACCUUGUAGCUGCUGCUAUGGCUCAGCAGGAAGAAUAUAAUCGCUACCGUGUCGCCAACCCCCGACGCAACACGUAUCGCAUGAAGCCUUCUGCCGAAAAACGUUCGAUCGAGGAUGGUGCUCCACCUUCCCCAUCUUUGACAGAAGAACUUCAGGCUGCCGCAUCUUUGCUGGCGGAGCAUACAGCCGCAAAGCAACUGAUGAACGGAACACUGCACAAUACCUAUAAUGAGUUUCUCCAGGUCCCUCAACCGGUCAAGAUAGAUCAAAGUGGCAAUGAGACUCUCAUAAGUGGUCACGAAAAACGCGACACGGGAGCGCCCUACUGGGUUGCUUCUAUGUCUGGACAUGGCCUUUCUCCGAUGGGCUAUGAUUCGUCAUACACUGUCUUUCGUGAUGUUACAAAGUACGGAGCGAAGGGGGAUGGCGUUACUGAUGAUACUGCCGCCAUCAACGCAGCUAUCGCUAGCGGAGCAAACUGUGGCGAGAAUUGCUCAUCUUCCUCCGUCAAAGGAACUCUCAUCUAUUUUCCCCCUGGAACCUAUCUCAUUUCGACGCCUAUUAACGCCUACUAUUACUCACAGCUUGUCGGAGAUGCAAAUGACUACCCAAUCAUAAAAACUACACCAUCCUUCAUUGGUCUAGGAGCUAUCCAAAGCGAUGUCUACAUCCCGAGUGGCAAAGGUGGGGAGUGGUAUGUUGUGCAAUCGAACUUUUACCGACAAAUCCGCAAUUUUGUAAUCGAUAUUCGCGGCACGACCACGGACUCAAUGGCGGCUAUCCACUGGCAAGUCGGCCAGGCGACAUCUGUUACCAAUGUCUCGAUUGCCGCAAUCAGUGGUCGGAACAACACGCAGAUGGGCUUCUUCACUGAGAACGGCAGUGGAGGGUUCAUGGCAGACGUGACCAUUGUUGGUGGUGCCUACGGCAUUUAUGGAGGAAAUCAGCAAUACACUGUUCGUAAUUUCCAAUUCGUCAACCAAUUCAAGGCCUGCAUUUGUCUCCUAUGGGACUGGGGCUGGACAUGGUCUGGUCUAUUCCUGAGCAGUGCACCUGUUGGCAUCAGUCUGCUCAACCCUGAAGGCUCUGAUGGCGGCGGCGCCAUUACUGGAUCGACCUAUAUCAUGGACACUCAAUUCUUCGAUGUCAAUGUCGGUAUUCAAGCCACCUUUAACAAGACUAUCUUGGAAAGCUCCAUCAUCACCUUGGACAAUGUCGCCUUUGAAGGCGUACUACAAGCUAUCACAUACGACCAUGGCAACACCGUUGCAGAACUGCCAAGUAACGACGUCGACUUUGCUGUCAUAGGUAACGUCGAAAUGGAGGGCGGAAACUAUGGACAGUACACUGUGUCCGUACCCAGACGCCCUGACGUCCUCACAGGUUCUGGACGCAGUUCUCAAAAGAACUACUUUACAAAGAGUCGGCCGCAGUAUGAGACGCUUUCGACUGGCAGUAUUAUCAACGUCAAGGAUCAUGGCGCAAAGGGCGACGGCAAAACAGAUGACACAAGCGCGAUCAAAUCUGCUCUGGCUCUAGCAACGACUUCGAACCUUGUCUACUUUCCGGCCGGCUCCUAUAUCAUCACAUCUACUGUCGUCAUACCCCCAAGAACUCGCAUGACGGGUUCUGUUUGGUCUCAACUUGUCGCUUCUGGAGACUACUUUGCGCACAUGGACUCACCCAAGGUCAUGGUUCAAGUCGGCAAUAAAGGUGAUUCCGGAACCGUCGAAAUUUCGGAUAUCCUAUUUACAUCAAUUGGUGCCCUUCCAGGUCUCAUAAUGGUGGAGUGGAACGUGCAGGCCAGUUCUCAAGGGUCCGUGGGCAUGUGGGAUACUCACUUCCGUGUUGGUGGUGCGUACGGCACCAAGCUCCAAGUCGCGCAGUGCCCAGCUUCAACACCCUCGAUUCAAACCGGCUGUAUCGCUGUUAACAUGAUGAUGCACGUCACUACUGGUGCCAACGGGUACUUUGAGAAUGUCUGGGCUUGGGUCGCGGAUCACGACAUUGAUGAUCCCCAAAAUACCCAGAUUACCGUCGGUGGUGCUCGAGGUAUAUUGAUUGAAUCCGAAGGACCCAACUGGCUUUAUGGAACCGCUUCCGAGCAUUCCAUCAUGUACCAGUACAAUUUCGCCAAUGCGUCGAACACUUUCGCCGGCAUGAUCCAGACUGAAUCGCCCUACUAUCAGUAUACAACCGGUACUACAUCACCAGGACCUUACAAGUCCACCGUGGGAACUUUCAGUGGCGAUCCUGUCUUUGGAGAUACCAGUUGUAACGGCACAUCACUCAUGUGCGACUUUUCCUGGGCUGUGCUCAUGCAAAGCUCCUCUAACGUCACUAUUGCGGGAGCAGGCUUGUACUCGUGGUUCGAGAACUAUGGACAAGCCUGCGUCGACACGCAGAACUGUCAACAGCGUCUCGUCUAUGACGAUGGAAACAAUGGCGGGUUCUAUCUCUGGAAUUUAAUCACUAUCGGCUCAGUCGAAAUGAUUAGCGGCCCCAAUGUGGACAUCUUAGCCAAGCCGUACACGCAAGCAUCUGGUCAUCCGUUCUGGAGCGCCUUGGCAGGAUACCUCGACAGCUCCAGCCCUGUAGUUCUCAGCUGUACUGAUGACGAUACGAGUGCGCCUUGUGCAACGAAAAGCUCGUGUGAUCUUACGAAGCAUUACGCCACCAUGGCCGAUCUGAACGCGGACUCUGGAAACUUUCCCAAUCAGUGCAUGAACUACUAUGCCAUAGAUACGCUUGGAACUGUCCUACGCAAUGCCAUGAUAAACUACAACAAUGUCGAUAACGGUUACGACAAAGUCUUCGGCUAUUACCAGAAGUACAUGAAGGACCUGAUCCCGCAGAUGAUCCAAGAGUACAUGAAAGGCGCCUCCUCCGAUAAUCCCAGCGGUGGGCCUGGGAACCAAUUUUUUGACUGCACCUUAUCCCGCGACGGGCCUACGACGACACAGCCUUGUCCCAUCUCAUGGGCUGACCUGAUGGGUAACGAUGUAUACACGAUUACCUACACGCUCAAAGACGAAAAUGGCUUCUAUAAUGGCCUGCAGUCAACAUAUGGCGUUCAAAAGUCUUGGGUGACAUUUGGCGAUCGUCAGUUACGUAACUCUGGCUCGUCAUGCAAUCGUUUCAAUGCAGAAGAUUGCGUAGUUUUUGAUCACAAAUGGGUCAACGAGCCUAAGGCAGCGGAUGGUAUAGACGUUCCAAACCCCAAGGACACGAUUGCUAAGGCUCUACCUGCUAUCGCGUCGCUCACAAACACAAUUCUGGCACAACAAAUGGACCUGAACUAUGGCAUAUGGAAUGGCUCCUCGCUAGACCUUGUGGAGGCAUUUUCCAUGCCCGUUUUCGUGAUUGACCAAGCUGUUCAGUCUAUGUCGGUUGCAAAAUCGAUGGGCCAGAAAGAGAAGAAGGAAGAGAAGAUUAAGCUGAUCUUCGAGAUUCUCGGUGCCGUUUUUGCUUUCAUCCCUUUCCUCGAUGAAAUCGCCCCUGAAGUCGAAGUCGUUGACGUAAUCAUGACUGGUGUCGUAGCUGUGGCGGAUGCCGGCAACGUCGCGCUCUCCAUUGCGUCGAUUGUGCAGGAUCCUACAUCGGCACCGAUGGAGAUCCUGGGACUGUUAACGGGUGGCGCAGGAAGGAAUAGGGAUGAAGUUGCAUCUAUCGCGGGCAAGAAGAGAGCUCUGAAGGACACAGAUGUUGCAAAGAUUGGGAGCAACUUCAAAAAAGAGAAUGACGAGUUUGAAAGUACAGUAAAGCCGAAGUGUAAAGCCGAAGUGUAA